GCAGAGUUCUUCGCUGAUGGCGGCUUCGAUGACAUCUGCUACGCGGUGCCGAUUACUGCCGACAAGCUCCCACAAGCCGGACGUCUCGUGGAACGCCUCGAAGCCUUCCACGUCGCUGUCGAUCACCCUGCCGCCGUCGACGCCCUUCUGGAGAGGCCGCCGUGCGCAAACAAGGCUUGGUCGGUGUUUCUGAUGGUGGACUGCGGCUACGGCCGCGACGGUGUCGACCCGGAGGAUCCCGCAACUGUUGACCUGGCUCGACGACUGACUGCAGACCCGGGCAAG